GUCCCACUUACAAUUCACAACUUUAGCCAUGGCCAAUUUUGAGCGCGAAAACAAGGCCGGGGACGCUGUCAUCCAACAUGACCAGUCCACAGGUCCUGGCUCAUCCUCUAUCAACCCUGCGGGCGUGUUCCCAGAGGCGGGUGAGACGGGUGCCGCUGCGGCCCCAUCUGGCUCUAUGCCCGGUUCAGGCCCCCCUGACCACCACGGUGAUGUCAGAGGUGUGUUCGGCAACCCCCAGGUAUUCAAAGAUACAUUCUCACGUCUCUCGAGCGCUUUCACGGAGGCGAUCAACAAGAUCGAGGACGAAAGCGGCAGCGGGGUUGGAACCACGGGACAGGCGUUGAUCGGGCGACUGCUGGCGAUGCAGGGCGAGGUGGACUCGUGGAGGGCCGGCAAGGGGCUGGAGGACGUCUCGGAGGACGGGCAGGACGUGGUGGGUGCUGAAGGCGGGCUGUAUAAGGAGUGAACUUGUCUGGAAUUUGAUCCCGAGGCGAUAAGAGAUAAGCCCGCGUGCUGAUGGCGCAAACAUGGCGAUAUGCAUUACGUAACC